AUGUCACAAAAGAAACCACAAUCAACAUAUCAGUGUGAUAUCUGUGAAAAGACUUUCACUCAGAAAUGUAAUUUAACCACUCACAGGCGUAUUCACACAGGAGAGAAGCCAUUUCACUGUGAUAUCUGUGGUAAAUCAUUCCCUCGAAAUAGCCAUUUAGCUGUUCACAAACAUAUUCAUACAGGGGAGAAGCCAUUUCACUGUGAUGUUUGUGGCAAAUCAUUCUCACAGGUAACUGCCUUAACUGUACACAAACGUAUUCAUACAGGAGAGAAGCCAUUUCGUUGUGAUAUCUGUGGCAAAUCAUUCUCUUACAGUAGUGACUUAACAGUACACAAACGUGUUCAUACAGGGGAAAAGCCAUUUCGCUGUGAUGUUUGUGGUAAUUCAUUCUCUGGAAGUAGCUAUUUAACAGUACAUAAACGUAUUCAUGCAAGAGAGAAGCCAUUUCACUGUGAUAUUUGUGGUAAAUCAUUCUCUUUUAAUAAUGGCUUCAUUAAUCAUAGUCGUAUUCAUACAGGAGAAAAACCAUUUCGCUGUGAUAUCUGUGGCAGAUCUUUUUCCCUAAGUAGCAGCUUAACUACUCACAAUCGUAUUCACACAGGAGAGAGGCCAUUUCACUGUGAUAUUUGUGGUAAAUCAUUCUCUGCAAACAGUACCUUCAUUACACACAAGCGUAUUCAUACUGGAGAGAAACCAUUUCGGUGUGAUAUCUGUGGUAAAUCAUUCCCUUACAAUACUAGCUUAAUUGAUCACAAACGUAUUCAUACAGGAGAAAAGCCAUUUAACUGUGAUAUCUGUGGUAAAUCAUUCUCCUACAGACAUGUCUUGGUUAAUCACAAACGUAUUCAUACAGGAGAGAAGCCAUUUCGAUGUGAUAUCUGUGGUAGAUCAUUCUCUCAAAGUUUCCAAAUAAUUCAUCACAAGCGUAUUCAUACUGGAGAGAAGCCAUUUCGCUGUGAUAUCUGUGGUAAAUCAUUCUCUCAAAACUCUAACUUAACUAAACACAUGUCUAUCCAUACAAAAGUGUGACUAUGUUAGUGUCAGAAAUCAUUGCAACAAUUUAACAUCUUUUCUCAAAUAAAUCACAAGUUAUCCCUGUGGUCUUAACAGUAAUUUGCACAGCCUUUACUUUGAUCGUACUCAUCAUGGUUCGUUUCUUUUUUUGAGGUACUAUUUUCUGACCACAUUCCUCUAUUUGUAGCCCUUUUAAAAGCCUCUUAAAACAUACAGAGAUAUGAUGUUCUGUUUAUAUCCAGUUUUAUUCCAGUUUAUACUGUCAAAAUUGGUUCUAAAAGUCUUUGUGUCAUGUAACCAUAAAUAAAAAUAUCUUCUAUAACCAUAAACGUAUUCCCUUUUUAC